AUGGAAAUUGCCGUUUCAUUCGGUAUACAGAAACAAGACGUGGAGCGAAAAAUUAAAAAUUUGCAAAGCCAUUUUGCAAGAGAAAUGAAGAAAGAAGCCGAAACCAGAAGAACUGGAAGUGGCGCUGACGAACCCUACGUGAGCAAAUGGUUUACUUACCAAGCUAUGCUGUUCCUGUCUGAAAAGAAUAAACCAAGGAACACCGAUUCAUCAGCCCAUGAUGAGGGAGAAAAGAAAAAACAAGUUGAAGAUUUUGAAACAGGAAAAAGUCAAGACCAAGCUUCAUCUCAACCAUCAACUUCUCAACAGGACCAGCUAGCUGUGGUUACCCCAACGAAAGUGCCAAAAACUAAGGAUUUCAAGUCGCAUAAAACACCCAAGACCAAAUCCGCUAAACGUAAGCUUACAGAUAAUCUUGCCUCAUCCAAUGCAUCUAUUUUGGAUGAAGCGGUGAAACUUAUGAGAUCGAUCCACUCAAGAAGAGUUGACAGCAAAGAUGAAUAUUCGUUGUUUGGCUAA